GCCAACUCGGCUAGUUGUCAAAUUAGCAAAGCUGACUAGCCAGCUAAUGUAUUGGUGGGAGACCAGUGUCCGUGGUUUUCUGAAUAGAGAGCAAAUUUGGGUUUUAUCAUGGUGUUUCCACUGUAGGAAACACUUCAAACGACACCCAAGGAAUUUUCCCCCGCACGUUCCUCUUGUUCGAGCGCAUAAACAAGGUGUGAAUGACCGACGUGGUGUCCCCCACUGCGCUCAGCGAAGUCCAGCUCCGCCUCCUCUGCCACGAUGACAUAGACAGCGUCAAGCUGCUGUGUGGUGAUUGGUUCCCCAUCGAGUACCCAGACUCAUGGUAUAAUGACAUCACAUCCAACAAGAAGUUCUUCUCCCUCGCCGCCAUCUUCAAGGGAGGCAUCGUGGGAAUGAUCGUAGCUGAGAUCAAGGGCCGGACCAAAGUACACAGAGAGGAUGGAGACAUCCUAGCCUCUAGAUUUCCUGUGGACACCCAGGUGGCUUACAUACUGAGUCUGGGGGUGGUGAAGGAGUUCAGGAAACAUGGAAUAGGCUCCUUGCUGCUGGACAGUCUUAAGGAACACAUCUCCACCACGGCCCAGGACCACUGCAAGGCCAUCUACCUCCACGUGCUGACAACCAACACCACGGCUAUACACUUCUACCACAACAGAGACUUCACGCAGCAUCACUACCUACCUUACUACUACUCCAUACGAGGGGUGCUGAAAGACGGCUUCACAUACGUUCUGUACAUCAACGGAGGGCAUCCGCCCUGGACGCUCUUUGACUACAUCCAACACAUUGGCUCGGCCCUGGCCAGCCUCAGUCCCUGCUCAAUCCCCCAGAGACUCUACAGACAGGCCCAGUCUCUGCUCCGCAGCCUGAUACCCUGGUCCGGCAUCGCAUCCAAGACUGGUAUCCAGUACAGCAGGACCAUGUGACAGGACAGGACACUCUGACCUCACCUGACCCACCACCACUCGGAACCCUGGAAAGACUGAGGGCUGAGAUCUCCCAAACACCAACCAAGACACCCAGCCACUCAAUCCAGACCCUACAAACCAAACCAACCCAGCCCACCAAACCCAGCAAGCUACACACCAAGCGUCUCGUCUCUCCCUAGCUGUCCUAUCCUGUCCUACAGCUCAUACAGAGACAAUGUAUUAUAGCUGUACAUUACAUAUAUCCUCUAAUAUAUAAAUACAUAUAUACUGUAUAUAUAUACCCUGUCAGUAGCUGCCCUGUCCUCCACUACUGUAUAUAUAUAUACCCUGUCAGUAGCUGCCCUGUCCUCCACUCUACCGUCUGAGCCAGUGGUGUAGUGGAGGGUCAGCACAUGUAGACUCCGUUCACCUUUUCUUUACUGUCGUGGGAAAAGCCAUUGAAAUAUAGGGAUUGAGUGUUACCUUAUUCACUGGAAUAGUGUGGACCGGGUUAAGAUUCAGUAGGGUUGGGGUCAACUCUGGUUUCAACUGGACCGGGGUGAGAUUCAGUAGGGUUGGGGUCAACUCUGGUUUCAACUGGACCGGGGUGAGAUUCAGUAGGGUUGGGAUCAACUCUGGUUUCUACUGGACCGGCGUGAGAUUCAGUAGGGUUGGGGUCAACUCUGGUUUCAACUGGACCGGGGUGAGAUUCAGUAGGGUUGGGGUCAACUCUGGUUUCAACUGGACCGGGGUGAGAUUCAGUAGGGUUGGGGUCAACUCUGGUUUCAACUGGACCGGGGUGAGAUUCAGUAGGGUUGGGAUCAACUCUGGUUUCAACUGGACCGGGGUGAGAUUCAGUAGGGUUGGGAUCAACUCUGGUUUCAACUGGACCGGGGUGAGAUUCAGUAGGAUUGGGGCCAACUCUGGUUUCAACUGGACCGGGGUGAGAUUCAGUAGGGUUGGGGUCAACUCUGGUUUCAACUGGACCGGGGUGAGAUUCAGUAGGAUUGGGGUCAACUCUGGUUUCAACUGGACCGGGGUGAGAUUUAGUAGGAUUGGGGUCAACUGGUUUCAGUUCAGACAAUUUGAAAUGCUAUUUGUCAAUAAUCAGAAUCCACAUAGAAAAAUAAUUUGUUAUUUCAAUACAAUCAUUGAAAUCCUGAAUCCUGAGUUGAGAUCAGCACUCACAUUUUCACACAUCUUCCAUUGACAUCAACGUAUGAUCUACACAGAAGUCUACUUUAAGUGUGCACAGAGAUCUCAAGGACUAGGAUUCCUCCCAGACUUUCAGUCCACUUUGGGUCUGAUUCAGACUUGAGAUAAGUAGACUUACAGUAAAUCAUUUUGUUUUUGUUUUUACUGAAGUCCACAUUUCGUCAACUUAUCUCAAGUCUGAAUUGUGCCCUUCCUGACCUAAUGUUGACCUGAAACCCUGCUGUCUGUCUGUCCGCUUCAGGGCUGUCUGUCAUUCUGCUGCUCAUGUAGACAACCAGACAGGUUUUAAUCCUGAUGUUUAACAUAGCGGACAUUAGAUUUGUGUGUCUGCCUGUUUGUUUUAACAGAUUAAAAAAUAUAACAUGGUAGAAGUUGCUCCCUCUGUGAGAUUCCCCCAAUACCCCAAAUAUAUGUGUGUGUGUGUGUAGUGUGUGUGUGUGUGUGUGUGUGUGUGUGUGUGUAGUGUAUGUCUAGUCAAAUGUAGUGCACUAUAAAGGGAGUAGGGCCCAUAGUAGUGCACUAUAUAGGGAAUAGGGCCCAUAGUAGUGCACUAUAUAGGGAAUAGGGUGCUAUUUAUGACUCAACCGAGGUGUAGUUAAGUUAGACAGUUUCUAGAUCAUGUUUUAAAGAGGAGCAGUGUGUGUAUAGGGUUACAGAAUUCCUCUAACUUUUCCCAACACUCCCAAAGUUUUCCAGAGAUCCUGGUUGGACGAUUCCUGGAACGACGAGCGGAUAAGCAGGAAAUCCGGGAAUCGUCCAACUGGGAUUUGUUAAAUAGCCUGGAACUUUGAGAGAGUUAAGGGAGUUGUGCAACGCUACUGGGUGUCUAGAUAACAUCUUUAAACAGGAGGGUGGAUUGAGGUAAUACUGAAUGUAGUGUUGAUAGCACCACUUAACUGACCAGUCUGAUUUUAGGAAGAAACUAAUCACUCUGGACACAGAUCCAGUUAACUGAUUGACCAGUCUGAUUUUAGAAGAGACUAAUCACUCUGGACACAGAUCCAGUUAACUGAUUGCCCAGUCUGAUUUUAGAAGAGACUAAUCACUCUGGACACAGAUCCAGUUAACUGACCAGUCUGAUUUUAGAAGAGACUAAUCACUCUGGACACAGAUCCAGUUAACUGACCAGUCUGAUUUUAGGAAGAAACAACUCACUCUGGAGACAGAUCCUAAAUUGAGAUGUAUUCUCAUUAAUAGCAGCAUUAGAGCCACAUUUUUAUAGUGCAGAAGCAAUGUGCAAAAUGUACUGUAAAACUUGUUAUAAUCUGGAAGUUGGAUUUCAUUUAAAACUUUUCUUCAAUGUGUGUUUAUAAAGAGACGUCUAAGGCAUCGCUCAGUUUGCCUCACUAGAGUUCAGUAAUCGCCUCUUUUAUAACGCGUAUUGUUGAAGAAAAGUUUCAAAUUAAAUCUUACUGCGAGAUUAUAAUGAGGUUUACGGUAAUUUUUCAAUUUUGCACAAUGUUUUUUUGCGCUAUGUAAAUAGGAACCCUUAAUCGGGGUCUGGGAACCUUCCCCUGUAGGUGAAAUGGAACAGAGUGGGUCUCGUAAAAACUGGCUGAACACCAAAUGGCACUCAGUUCCCGAAUUUGUCCACUACUUUUGACCACAAACCAAUGUAGAGCUCUGGUCAACAAGUAAUCCACUAUAUAGGGGAUAGGGUGCCAUUUGGAUUGAGACAUUAUUGUUCAACUGAAAAUAUAAUUUGAUCAGGAGGAGUUUUAUUUAUUUAUUUUUAUUGUGCUUGACAGCCUUCAUCCAAAACGGGGAUGUGCACGAAGGUCUCGUUUGUGUCUUAAGAGGCAGAGUGUGUCCCAAAUGGACCCCUAUUCCCUACGUAGUGCACUACUAUAGACCUUAACCACAGAGGGUUAGCCAUUCAGGGCUCUGGUUGAAAGUAGUGCACUACAUAGGGACUGGGGUUCCAUUUGGGGUGUAGUUCAUCUGGUUGUAGGUAGUGUAAAUACAAAAUAUAUAAUGUCCUUUUUUUCCACAGCAGAAGAAUGGAUGCUUUUUUAAACUAAUGUCUGUGAUUGCAUCUUGAGCUGGUUUUCUAUUUAAUAUAUAUAUAUUUUUGUGCUUAUUUCUUUCCGUUGAUUUGUUGUCUUCUAUGUGGACAGGGACAGGAAAGAGACCUUUUAUUUGGUUUGUUAAAUAAGUCUUUUCAUUACGUUGUCUUGCCUUCAGUUUUUCAAUGCGUUUGGUUUUUCAAUAAGGGACAACCUUGUAUGGUUGUAGCUGAUUUGACUAGGACUUCAACUAGAUCUUUUUUCUCCGUUGUGAAUGAGAAUCCACUUUUUCAAGUUCACCUGCGGCCUUGGUUCCAAUACACUUUUUACACAGACCAAAAUAUAACAGUUCAGAUGGGGACUACUAGACAUGAUGACGCAGAAUACACAUUACAUGUAUCCAGUAGCAAAUUUAAUGUUUUUAUUCUGUGUUACAGAAAUGAAUCACUUUACUAUCACCGGGUUGGGGUCAAAAUCACUUUUUAAAUUCUAGUCAAUUGAUGUACACUGACAUUCCAGUUCCAAUUGUCUUCAAUGCAUUUCAAUAAAGAACAUUUGGAAUUCG